GCCCGACUGCAAGGAAUCCAGUUUCGACAAUUGACUGACCCUAUUCUCUAUCUCUCACCGGAGCUCUCCAUUGCCUCUGUACUCGUCUCCGGCCACGAUCCACCACCUGCACGAGCCGCCGCCUUUCCAGAUAAAGUAUCCGUUUUUUUUUGCUGCCCACCCGGACUUUUUAGUGAUGCUCUGCCACUGAUUGCAGUUGGUUUAAAAGAGCAUCGAAAAAACAGCGUGCUGCUAUGGACCCAUCUAUAGUCAAGCUUCUUGAAGAUGAUGAGGAUGAGACUAUGCAUUCAGGAGCAGAUGUGGAAGCGUUCCAAGCUGCAUUGAAUAGAGACAUAGGCGGAGAUGCUUCUAAUGCUCAGCUUUCUGAUUCAGAUGCAGGAAGCAAUAAUUCAUUCAGUCAAUCAUUACCAACGUGGCCAACUUCUAGCCAUGACAACCAGACUGACUGUCAAACUCAGGAGCCUAAAAUCGCCCAAGAGCAACCUUCAUCUGAAAUGGAGCUGAAGCAAGAAGGACCUGUCGUGGAACAGAUGCAAAACGUUACCUCUCAAGAUGCAAGUAAUCCUACUUUAUCACACAAACAAUCUCAAGACGAAUGUCUCCAACGCCAGACUGUACCAGUUUCCCACCAACAUGCUCAAACAAAUGAAGUUCAAAAAUCUGAAAAAGAUCCUGUCUUUAACCAUGAGGUAAUAAAAACAAAUAAUCCCAACUGUGAAUCUCAGUAUGCAAAAUUGCAGCAGAUGAGUAAUCAACAGGCCACAGUAAAUGAACAACCUAGUAGCCAAAUCAAUCGUAGUAAGCAGGUGCCAUUUGGCUUAUUGCUCCCUAUCUUGAUUCCCCAACUUGCCAAAGAUAGAGCCAUGCAACUUCAAACAUUAUUUAACAAAUUGAAGAGAGAUGAAAUACCCAAAGACCAUUUUGUACGGCUUAUGAAAGGGAUUGUGGGGGAUCAGAUGCUUAGAAUAGCAUUGACAAAAGUGCAACAACAAACAAAAGCCAAUGCAGGUUCUUCUGGACAGCAGCACCCUGUAAGGAUGCCAACGGUUACUUCCAGUGGAACAAAAUUUAAUGAUCCCCAUGCGUUAGCACAACUGCAUCAGAGAAGUAUGAAUGCUACUGCAGAUCAUUCUCAUAAUACUUCUUCAGCUAUCCAAGUGAAAAGUGAACCGACCUAUUCAACUAUGGACAUUAGUGCUAAAAAAUCUCAGGAACAUGAUGUUCGAGUAGUGCAACCAAAUCAAUUACCAUCAUCAGGUUCUAAUGCUGUCAGUCAAGAAACUGAAAGAUCCUCAGUUCACAUACAAGGCCUUAAUAAGCAGCAACAGCAGCAUAUACAUUUCCCAUCGACAUAUGGAAGCAGUGGUGGUAACUAUAACCAUUUUUCCGGGACAACUACUGGUUCAUCAUCUCUCAGACCACAACCUCAUCCUCAUGAUUCACACAUAAGGCAAAUUCCACAUCAGAAUAUUGGUCUAAAUCACUUAGGUGUAGAACGACAAAGUUCCUUCACUGAUCCUAAGAGAAUGCCAGGUGGAUCUGUGUCGGCUGGUGUAAACAAUACAGCACCACAACAAACUUCAACUUCUUGGCAACCUUCAGCAGAACAAAAUUCUGGCUUGUUUUCAUCUGUUUCAUAUGUAAAAAAGGAACCUAACGACCUUUCUAUUGAGCAGCAACAUAGGCAUCAUUUAUCUAAAUUGCAGGGGUUGCCUUCUGUUAAUUCCGGUCAAACUGAACAGGGUAGCGGUGUCAAUCAAGGCACUGUAAAGGAUGAGUUUUCAAGAGGUUCUUUAGCACUCACUAGCUUACCACCUACAACAUCUGCUAGCUUGCUCGCAACAAGCUCUGUAUCUCAACUAGAUCCAACUGGCUCUUUUAUUUCUCAGAUCCCAGCUAGCACUUCUGCUAUGGUGUCUAAGGCACCUCUAAAAAGACCUCUUGGCCAGAAGAAACCGCUUGAAACACUUGGUUCUUCACCUCCUCCUCCAAGUAAGAAACAAAAGGUGUCUGGGUCAUCUCUGGAACAAAGCAUUGAACAGCUUAAUGAUGUUACAGCUGUUAGUGGUGUUGAUCUUAGGGAGGAGGAAGAGCAGUUAUUUUCUGGGUCCAAAGAGGACAGUCGAGCUUCAGAAGCAUCUCGAAGAGUUGUGCAAGAAGAGGAAGAAAGUCUGAUUUUGCUGAAAGCUCCAUUGCAGAGAAAAUUGAUUGAAAUUAUGACCGAGUGUGGCUUGAAAGGCAUGGGUAAUGAUGUGGAAAAAUGCUUGUCACUGUGUGUUGAAGAGCGAAUGCGCGGAGUAAUAAGUAACAUAAUCAGAAUGUCAAAACAGAGGGUUGAUAUUGAGAAAACUAGGCAUCGAACUGUUGUCACUUCAGAUGUUCGACAGCAAAUCAUGGCAAUGAAUAGGAAAGCAAGGGAAGAGUGGGAGAAAAAACAGGCCGAAGUAGACAAGCUCCGGAAACUAAAUGAUGUAGAUGGUGGUUCCGGAGUUGAUGGCGACAAGGAGAAGGAUGAUGGUCGCAAUAAAGCAACAAAGGUGAACAAGGAAGUAGAUGACAAAAUGAGGACAAAUGCUGCAAAUGUUGCAGCCCGAGCUGCUGUUGGGGGAGACGACAUGCUGUCAAAGUGGCAACUUAUGGCUGAGCAAGCCAGGCAGAAACGUGAAGGGGGAACAGACACUGCAUCUGGUUCUCAGCCAACCAAAGAUGUCAGCCGCAAAUCUUCACCAUCAUCAGGAAGGAGCACAAAAGACGGUCAAGAAAGGGAGAGAAAAGGUCCAAAUUCUCUUGGGAACUCAGCAUCUGGUAGGAAAUUUGGGAAAAAUAAUUCCCCUGGAUCUCAUACUCGCAUAGCUCGUAGCAUCUCUGUGAAGGAUGUGAUUGCAGUCUUGGAGAGGGAACCUCAGAUGUCCAAAUCAUCACUCUUAUAUCGAUUGCAUGAGAGAAUUCAUUCUGAUACUUCAAUCGAAUAAGUGACAUCAAUUGGUCCCCUUUUCAAAUCAGCUUCAAGCAACUAGCCCUUUUUCAUGUCUACCCUCUAUUCUCUUGUAUUCAGUUCACUAUAGGGUAAUUUGGAAAUAAUGAAAUUAAACUGAAACUCAUCAAUGGAAAAGUAGAGGUUUGUAGCUAUGAGCUGAUGUCUAUUGACACUAUUUCAUGUCUGGUUCCAUUUGACUUUAACUGUCAAGUCAUAUUUGUUACUGUAUGAAAAUAAGUACUAGCAUUUAGCGUUUCACUUUUCAAAUAUUUUAGCAGAAAGUGCAUUUGAUUCACAUGCACUUUAAUUGUACAGCUCAAAUUUCUGUAUAUAACAGGAUGGUGAUGCGCAUUAAGAGGAGUGUAAAAAGAUUUGACUCAUUCAGUAAAAGGUCGUUUCUUUCAUAUCAUACGCAGAAGUUCAGUAAUUCAGUUUUGGCCUACUACUGUGAUUAGAUGGUGAAGAGUAUAUAUCUAACACUAUUUCAAGAUAAAACCUUGCUAACACGCACAUCUCUAGGUUUAUUAGCAUAUUUACGAUAAGAAAAUUUUAGCUUGUUUGUUGAAUGAAUUGAGAUGUUGGUUUGUUUUGCGUUAAAGUAUAUACUGUCAUGGUUGCUGAUA